GCCCGCGCAGGUAGCCAGCUGGGCAGGGCCUGGAGACAAAGUCAGAGGAGCUGGACUCUUCCCGCCCUCCAGUCGCCGGCGCUCCCGCAGCCGCCACCAUGGGAAUGUCCAGGUCACAGAGUUGCUUUGGUUACCCCCUGAGCAUCUUCUUCAUCGUGGUCAACGAGUUCUGCGAAAGAUUCUCCUACUAUGGGAUGAGAGCAAUCCUGAUUCUGUACUUCACAAAUUUCAUUGGCUGGGAUGACAACCUGUCCACGGCCAUCUACCACACAUUUGUCGCCCUGUGCUACCUGACACCAAUUCUCGGAGCUCUGAUUGCCGAUUCGUGGCUGGGGAAGUUCAAGACAAUCAUAUCGUUAUCCAUUGUCUACACCAUUGGACAAGCAGUCCUUGCAGUCAGCUCAAUUCAUGACCUCACAGACUACAACCACAGCGGGACCCCCGACAGCCUUCCUGUGCACGUGGCACUGUCCAUGAUCGGCCUGGCCCUGAUAGCUCUCGGGACAGGAGGAAUCAAACCCUGUGUAUCUGCAUUUGGCGGUGACCAGUUUGAAGAGGGCCAGGAAAAGCAAAGAAACAGAUUUUUCUCCAUCUUCUAUUUGGCCAUUAAUGCUGGAAGUCUGCUGUCCACGAUCAUCACUCCCAUACUCAGGGUUCAGCAAUGUGGAAUUCACAGUCAGCAAGCAUGUUACCCACUGGCCUUUGGAGUUCCUGCUGCCCUCAUGGCUAUCUCCCUAAUUGUGUUUGUCAUCGGCAGUGGAAUGUACAGGAAGUUCCAGCCACAGGGUAACAUCAUGGGUAAAGUGGUCAAAUGCAUUGGUUUUUCUAUCAAAAACAGGUUUAGGCACCGGAGUAAGGAAUUCCCCAAGAGAGCGCACUGGCUGGACUGGGCUAAAGAGAAGUAUGACGAGCGGCUUAUCUCUCAAAUUAAGAUGGUUACGAGGGUGAUGUUCCUGUACAUUCCGCUCCCCAUGUUCUGGGCCCUGUUUGAUCAGCAGGGCUCCCGGUGGACACUGCAAGCAACCACCAUGACCGGGAAAAUUGGAAUUAUUGAAAUUCAGCCGGAUCAGAUGCAGACUGUGAAUGCCAUCUUGAUUGUCAUCAUGGUCCCCAUUGUAGACGCUGUGGUGUACCCUCUGAUUGCAAAAUGUGGCUUCAAUUUCACCUCCUUGAAGAAGAUGACAGUUGGGAUGUUCCUGGCUUCCAUGGCCUUUGUGGUGGCUGCCAUCGUGCAGGUGGAAAUCGAUAAAACUCUUCCAGUCUUCCCCCAGGGGAACGAAGUCCAGAUUAAAGUCUUGAAUAUAGGAAAUGUCAACGUGAACGUAUCUUUUCCUGGAGAGAUGGUAUCCAUUGGCCAAAUGUCUCAAACAAACGACUUUAUGUCUUUUGAUGUAAACAAACUGACAAGCAUCAACAUUUCUUCAGAUGGGUCACCGGUCUCUACAGUAACUCAGGACUUUGAGAAGGGUCAUCGCUACACCCUUCUAGUGUGGGCACCCAGUCAGUACCAAGUGGUGAAGGAUGAGCUCAUCAAGAAGCCAGAAAAGGGAGAAAAUGGAAUCAGAUUUGUGAAUACUUUUAAUGAGAUGAUCAACAUCACAAUGGAUGGCAAAGUUUUUGAAAACAUCACCAGUCACAACGCCAGCAAAUACCAGUUUUUCCCUUCUGGCAUAAAAACCUUCACAGUAAGCUCAGUAGAGAUUUCACAACAGUGUCCACGUGCUUUUGAAACUUCCUACCUUGAAUUUGGUAGUGCUUAUACGUAUGUGAUCAAAAGGGAGGAAAACGGCUGCCCCACACCAGAGAAGUUCGAGGACAUUCCACCCAACACAGUCAACAUGGCGCUGCAGAUUCCCCAGUAUUUCCUUCUCACCUGCGGCGAGGUGGUCUUCUCUGUAACGGGACUGGAGUUCUCAUAUUCCCAGGCUCCUUCCAACAUGAAGUCGGUGCUGCAGGCGGGAUGGCUGCUGACAGUGGCUGUUGGCAACAUCAUUGUGCUCAUCGUGGCAGGAGUGGGCCAGUUCAGUCAACAGUGGGCUGAGUACAUUCUGUUUGCUGCGCUGCUUCUGGUCGUCUGCGUAAUAUUUGCCAUCAUGGCUACAUUCUACACUUACAUCAACCCAGCAGAGGUUGAGGCUCAGUUUGAUGAGGACGAAAAGAAAAAGAACGCAGAAAAGAAUAACCUAUAUCCUACGCUGGGACCCGUCUCACAGACAAAGAUGUGAAGGUCAGGACGCAAGUGGAGGAUGGACUGAGCCAGCCGCAGCCUGACCUCUGUCCCCAGGGAAGGACACCCCUUUGGAUAGCCCUUGAUGGGGAAGACUUCAGAAUUGUGAACUGAACCAAGAAGGCUAUUUUCUAAGCAGCCAGCGACGAAUCUAAAACUCUAGAAAAAGUCUUUGUUUAAAGUCUUAUUUAAAACACACACUUUUUUUUUAACUCUGAGAGUACACAAUGCAUUUAACUCUUCUGACAAAUGAACGUAGUUUGUGCUAACAAUUUUUUAAAAGUAACAGAGUUUUCUAUUUUUUUCCUCACACUCCUGAGAAAACAAUGUCAAAUGAGGCCAGUUUUUGGCCAACACCAAAAGUAAAAUCACAGGUUUCAAAAGGGUGUAUAGUAAGCACCAGCUCGUAUUAACUAAUAACUUUAUCUAUUGGAUUUUAGUUUAGUUUCUCCAGUCCCUACCUCUUUUUUAAACUAUGUAUAACUCCAAAGAUCACUCAAGUGAAGGCCAGUAAUGAUUUUUUAAGUUUUGAUGAUAUGAAAUAAAUUCUUGUUCUUAAGAGUAUGUGUCAUUGGGUAGGGUAAGAACUCUUUAACAGGCUGAUUAUGAAAGCAAUGUAUGUCCAUCAAAAUUUUACCAGAAGUUGAUAAAAUCAUUAACAAAUACUAUGCCCACAUGGGAUAAAUCCCAGGGACAUGAAACAUCAAGGUUUAUUUAUUCUUCAUCCUAUUUUUUUCCCAGGGGGGACACCUGUAUCUUUUAUUAUUAGGAUCUUUUUAUGUGCACAUAUGUAUAAAUCUCAUAGUGGUUUUCUGUUUGAAGCAAAAAUUCUUCCAAAACAUUGUUAACAUUUAAAAUCUAAUUCAUACUACAGAUACUUGUCAUUUAGUCAUCCCAGAUAUCAGACUAAGAAUGCUUUUACUUUGACAUUCCUAUACAAACAAGGGAUAGCUCUUAAAACAGACUUGAACACACCUCUGAAGACUGAGGAGGAUUAGGAGGAACAGUCUGUGUUUGACCCUUAGGAUGUUUCAUACACAAGGCACCAUGGGGAAACUCAAAGUCCAGAGUGAGAAACCCAAAUGUGACUAUCAAACCUUGCUUGAUGCUUUUCCAGCCUU